GAAAACGAGAGAAGGGUGCAUCCUGAGGUCAAAGUUCAAAUGUUUGAGUCACAUGGGUGAAACCAGGAAAUAGAGAAGUGACAGCUGUCCAGACACACUUGUUCAUUAGAAAGUGCUGAGGUACUUUUUGAUUCAAAAUGGAUGAUCAAACGAUGAUUGCGGACCAAGUGGAGCAUGUGGAAGUCAUAGUUCGGGACUGUCACAAUGGAAUAUCGAUUGACCUCUUUCUGCAUCUCACACUUAUCCCAGCUGUGCUGAUUGCUUUGGUACUGUCAUUCCUUCAGAAAAGAGCAAAACCAUUGGCUAUUGACCAUAGACUUCCUUUUCUUCAAGGGCGUUUUGGCAUUGUGGUACCUCUGGACACCAUAGGUAGCCUGAGCAAUCGCUGGUCGUACGGGUUUGCCUUUGGCGCCGUGUCCUACAGCGUCCUGCUGCUCUUCUCGGAACAUUACAUUCCUUUUACUGUCCCACCCUGGGCCAGAGCUGUAGUUUACCUUGUUGGAGCUUUGGAGGUGGGACUUGUGAACUUUCCUUUCUUUGCCUGUUUGUCAACACCAUUCAGAGCGGCUGGAGCUGUGCUGGGAAUUCUCUACUCUUUGUGUUGGCUUAUAAUUACUGUGUGGGACACAUUCACAUGUCCAGAUGGCAAGAUUUUGGGGAAAUACCAGAAGAUAAUUGUCCAGUGGCCUUGUAUCGUCUCUCUCAUUUUUCUUUUGGGACGAUUUGUCUACAUGCUGGUCAAACAUGUUCGAAUACAUCUAAAGCUGGAACAGGAGGACCCAGAUGAAUUGACUCAGCAUCAUCAAGUGCAGCAUGUUAAGAGACUCCUGAGGAAGAAAAGUACACACAGCAAGGCCCUGAGCUGGUUCCACAACAGAGUGUAUGAGUGGGAUCCCCACUUCAAGUUCCCAAACAGAAUCAUCGGCACUGCCAUCAUAUCGCUCAUCGGUCUAUAUACGAUGACCCUGGCUGACUAUAGUCUCAGUAAUAUCGCUUUUGACCAAGUGGUCAGAUGGAAGAACACGCUCAAAGACUUGGUUACAUCCUGUGAUCAGACCGAAGCUUUGGGAGCCAUGAUUCCGCAACUGGAAGAAUUCAUCAACGUGGCCAGAAAGACGUGGUUAGCAACCACCAUCUUUGCUAGUCUCAAUUCAGUUGCGUACACAAUCCAUGUACUGGUAUGUUACAGGAAACAUUUAAAGAGACUUUGGAGAGGAGAGAGAGGUUUCCUCCCAGAGAAAUUUCUCAAGCCCAAGUCUGCUGUCAGCGUGGCCUCCAUCGCACGCUACUCUGGAUGGCAAAUUGCUUUUACACUCUGGGGUUAUCUGAUGGUCCACUCCAUUCACUUCCUGGUUGCACUGUUGGUGGUGUAUGUGAUUGUUAUUCCGAUACAACAUGGAAAAGCCCUGAUCAUGCUGUCUAACCUUGGCAUCCUCAUCCUGACUAUCAGUCUGGUGAUAGCCAUGGUGAUCCUCCAGAUAGUUUUGGUCCAGAUUUUUUUUCUCCAGGACAAACUGUCUCCCACUGAUAAACACAAACCUUUGGCUCUCAAUAACAGAAAAGCAUUCCACUGCUUCAACUACUUUUUCUUUUUCUACAAUGUGAUCAUGGGGAUAAGCAACUGCAUCAUGAGGCUGAUGAUCAGCAUUGUGCUGGGAACAUGGCUGGUGUCCCGCAUCGACCGUACAAUAAUGCAGAGAGGAUAUGAAACCAUGGAUGCUGGUUAUAGUACAUGGAUUGGGAUGAUCUUUGCUGACCACUAUCAUAACAAUCCAGUCAUGGUGUGUUUCUGUCAGCUCCUUGUCUCCACCAUCCUGGACAAACACACACUACCUGCAUACUCCUCAUUCAACAACACACCAUCUGAAUAUUCUGUGAACAGUCAAGCCAGGAGACGUUGGGCAUUGCUUUACACCCUCUUACGGAACCCUCAUCUGAUCCUGCACAGGAAGCACCACCUCUCCUCAUUGGGGACCUUGGACACGUCUCCUUCUCUUCAGUCGGACACAAUACUGCAGGCUUGGGUCAUGGCUUCACAAACGCAGAGCCACAAGACAGCGUCGGCGCCACUGAGCACUGAGGCACAAACGCCAGAAGGCUAGAAUAACUUUUGCACUGAUGCACAUUUUGUCAGUGUUUGGAGGUCUGUCAUCGAAAGUCACUUGAGAUCUGAUAUGUUGUUAAAACUUGAAUCUCACUUUGUAUGUACUUCGGUCUGUAAUUACAGAAAAGUUUCACAGCUUGAAAUUCUUUCAAAAUGAAUUCAUGCCCACAAUUGGUAGUACAAGUUUGCUUAACUCCUGUGCUGACUUUUUUAUCUAAACAGAAGAGCCAAGUAGCUGGUCUGACACCAAGUUGGACAAAUGAGCAAAAUAUUAAAACAAGUUAAAAAAAAAUAUAAAGUUAAAAAUAUAACUAAGUGUAUUAUUUUUGAUAUCUACAGCAUUGCUGAACAGGUCAUUCUAGGACUUGUUGACUUAUGGCGCAGAAGUUCGUCCAUAAUUUUCCAUGUCAAUAUAGCAUAUGCAGUAUACGCUGUUUGCUAUGAAAGUGAACAGUUUGGUGGAGUUGUGAGAGACUUUGUUAUUUGUUAUUUUCAUUAUUGUCUGUUCACUAUUACGAACUUGUUAGAUAUUCACAUCAUUGCUGAACAGGUCAUUCUUGGACUUGUUGCAUUAUGAUGGCACAUAAAUUG